AUGGCAACGAGCUCUAAUACAACGAAAACGAAACCAGACAACCCAAACCUAACCAGAUCAAGAUCUCUAGGCAGAAAGCCAAAGCCUGUAGCAUCAUCAGACGCAGAUGGAUCCGACAGGAAGACAGUUGAGAAGCCUGUCCCCAAUUACCUCAAACCCACAAUCAGCUCCAGACCAGACCCGGUCAAGUUCUUGAAGAAGAACAGCGCUGCUGACGACAAGCUUCUUCGUAGACGUUCCUUUGAUCGUCCUCCUUCGUCUUUGACUUCAUCAACUUCUUCGUCCCAUAAGUCUCUCAACACCUCUCCUGCACGCCCACGUGACAGACCCGUGGUUCCGAGAGAGAAGCCUGUCACUGGUCUGCGUUCUUCAUCUUUCCAUGGAACCAGCAGAGGCGGUCUCAGAGGAGGGAGUACGGUGAAAUCGGGUCCUGUGGGGUCGAGAGGUUCUCCAGGGGUGAAGAAGAGCGGUUUGAGUGGUGGUAGUUCUUCCAAGAGCAAAAAGGAAGGUUCUGGGAAUGUUACAAAGAAAGGUAAAGAGAUUAGCUCUGAAUCUUCUUCUCCUGUUGCGCCUGCUCAGAAGGAUGAAGAGGAGAUUGUCAAGGUUGAGACCGAUGUACAAGUCUCUGACCACAUAGAAGAAGAUAAGGAUCAUGUUGCACAACCUGAGGAGUCCAGUGAGGAGAAGGAGACUGGUCUAGUGGAUGCUUCCAAAGAAGAGGUUGUACAGCCUGAUGAGUCCAGUGAAGAGAAGGAGGCUGAUCCAGUGGAUGCCUCCAAAGAAGAAGAGAAAGAAGAGCUGAUCAAUGAUGAUAAAACAGAAGAGCAAACAGAGGAGCAGAAAGAACAAGAGAACACAGAAGAAGACAACAACAAAGACAAGGAAGAAGUAGAUGAUAAGGAGGAGAGUACCGAGACAGUUGUUACUCCAGAUACGAAAGAAGCUGAGAAUGUCGAAGAAAGCAAGGAAGAUCCAGACACAGAAGCUAAAGCAGAGGAAGAGAGCGAAAGCAGCAAAGUUGAAGAAGCACCAACAGAAACAAAGGAUGAAGUAGAAGAAUCACCAGAGGAAGGAACAAAGAAGGAAGUGGUACAAGCGAAAAAGGAAUCUCCAUCAGCUUACAACGAUGUAAUAGCAAGUAAAGUGCAAGAGAGCUCGAGGAAGAACAAGGUCUUGGCUCUUGCUGGAGCCUUUCAGACAGUUAUCGACUACGAAACUGCUGCCUCUAAGUGA